AUGUUACCAGUCAUUUUAUGGUGUAUAAUAUUCAUUUUUACAAUUAUUAUAUUCAGUGCGUUGGGUAUUCUCAUUUACAAAUUUAUUUUUGAGACAAAAGCUGGGAUAUGCGUGUGUCAAACAAGGCUCGAUGGAAAGAUUGCAAUCGUCACCGGAGGCAAUUCAGGAAUUGGUUUUGAAACAGCGAAGGAUCUGGCAAAACGUGGUGCAAAAGUUAUCAUUGCUGAUGUGCAAAAUUCUGAUAAAACCGUUGAUGAAAUAGUCAAAGCAACUGGUAACACUGAAGUAGAAUAUGCCAAAUUAGACCUGGCUAGCUUUGCUAGUAUUAAAACAUUCACAGACGAUAUUAAAAGAAGAUACGACCAUAUAGACAUUUUAGUGAACAAUGCUGGCAUUGGUUCUAUAAACAAACAUUUGACUGAAGAUGGUAUUAAUAUGGUAAUGCAGAUAAACUACUUUGGGCCAUUUUUGCUAACACUCAGGCUACUCGAUAAAUUAGCAACUUCGAAAUCCAGCCGGAUUGUAAUAGUAGCUUCAGCGGCUCAUUAUUAUGCUAAAUUUGAUAUAGAUGACAUAAUAGGAGCUAAGGAAACCAGCUUUUCUAUUUUGUACGCGAACAGCAAACUCUGUAACGUUCUGUGGAUGAAAGCUUUAUCAAAAAGACUGCCUAAGAACGUAACUGCUAACUCGGUUCAUCCAGGAAUUGUGAAAACAAAAAUAUUUGACACUUUCCUCCUGUCAAGUGUGAUACUGUUCGUGAUUGAUAUCUUUUUCAAAUCGUCUGAGCAAGGCGCUCAAACCAGCAUACAUCUAUGUGCUUCAAGCAAAUUGGAAGGAUCGUCAGGAAAUCAUUACGCUGAUUGCAAAAUUAAAACGAUUUCACGGAUUGCAAGGGAUGAACAGUUUGUAGAAAAAGUUUGGACAGCAACGACUGGUUUGCUUGAAAAAUAUUUAUAG